GUAGAGGAUGCGCCAUGCGCGAUGAACAUUAUUUCGCGUCGCAAGUUCAGUUCAGUUUAAUCAGUGACACGGAAGUAUCGGGACGUCGUGGUUGGCGGGAAUUGUUGCAAACGUGGAAAUACCGGCUUCAGCGACGUCGAAGCUGUUUGUGCAGGCCAGAAAUGUCGCUUGCACAAAUAUUAAGGGAGAAGAUCCCUCGCCGAGGCAUCCUCGGAGCCAUGAUGUUUCUUGCUUGUAUGUUUUCUUACUUUAUACGGACAAACAUUUCCAUUACCAUCGUUGCCAUGGUCAUUCCCACAGAAAAAAAAAACGGGACAAUCAUAAAGGAUCAUGGUGAGCGAUAUGACUGGAACGCACACGUUCAGGGAGCUGUACUAAUGGCUUACCACUGCGGCGUAGUACUGUCUAGUAUUCCAGCCGGUAUGUUAGCAGAAAAAUUUGGAGGUACCAAGGUUGUCGCAUUGGCGACUCUAAUUCCUGCACUACUGAACCUGCUCAUGCCAUGGGCAUCUAGUGUUCACUACAUGUUCGUUAUCGUCCUGCGGUUCCUGAUGGGAUUCUUCGGGAGUGCUGUUUACCCGGCUCUACACGCCAUGAUUGCCAGAUGGGUGCCACCCAGUGAGAAGGGAAUGUUCGUAUGGGCUAUGCAAGGUGGACCUUUCGGUACCGUAGUCACGUUUACUCUUUGCGGUCUAGUGAUUGAAGCUUAUGGAUGGGCAGCUGCGUAUUACGUGACCAGCGGACUCAUUCUCGUAUUUUUUGCCCUCUGGGUAUACCUGAUACAUGACACACCCGACGGGCAUCCGAAUAUCACAGAACGAGAAAAGGAAUUUAUUAAGAAACAAAUUGGAACUAGCGUCAACAAGCAAAAAGUAAAGCCUCCUGUUGUCGCUAUCAUCACGUCGCUUCCAUUCUUGGUCUUACUUUGGGCCCACUUUGCUAACAUGUGGGGAAUCUACUUCAUAGCCACAAACGGGCCAAUGUAUACGCUCGGGGUUCUUGACUUUGACAUGAAAUCCGGUGGCAUUACGACCGGACUGCCUUACAUUGCCAGACUCGGGGCUGGUGUCUUAUUUGCCGCUGCCGGAGACUACUUACGGAGAAAAAAGUACUUGACGGUCGUGUGGUUGCGCAAGAUUUUCAUGAUUUCCUCUCACAUGGCCCCAGCUUUGUGUUUACUUGGUAUGACAUACGCGGGAUAUGACAAAAUCUGGGCAAUUAUAAUGAUGGUACUGGCCUUGGCUUUCAACGGCGCCGCCUGCCAGACAAGUCUCCAAAAUCACCAAGAUCUGGCACCCAACUACGCGGGAUCUCUUUAUGGUGUAAUGAACACGUUCGGCAGCUUUACCGGGUUCAUUAUUCCCGCUGUUGUCGGCGUUUUAACCAAUAAGCGUAACACCGUGGAAGCGUGGCGUCCCAUGUUUUGGAUUUCCGCAAUCGUAUUUACAUCCGCAACCGUCUUGUUUUGGCUCUUUGGCUCGGCGGAUAUUCAGCCGUGGAACGACAUGAAUAACAAAGGAGGAGUUGAAGAAGCUAUUUCUACCAUCCCCGAUGAAGAGAAGAAAAUGACAAAUGGCAACAAAGAGGCUCAAGUCAUGUCCGAUGAGGAAGAGGAAGAGAACUCCCGUCUUUAGUCCCUUAUUAGGACGUAAAAAAAAUAUAAGUGGUCCCACUAAUCACCUCGUCUCUCAAUAAGGAUUGUUCUAAUUGUACGUCAGUUCAGCAUUCGCCUACUUGCAAGCGAAUACACAUGCUGACGUUCUUAUCCGGAGUAGUUCGCAAGCGUCUGCGCGACACUUGUGUCGCUUACGUGGAUAUUUUUUCUCAAUUAUAUUGUCGGUGGACCGACCACCUAUUCUCCUUAGAUUUUUAUAUUUAUUUACGUGUAUACAUGGUGAAUUCGUAACGAUGGGAAAUUAUAGGGUGUAUCAUGUACGUGUGAAUUUUGUAUUCUCGUACGUUUUUGGAUAAGGUUUUAUAGUACAAUCAGAACCACUGUACGUCGUAUGACGUAUGGCGAUAUAUGUAACCAGCUUAAAUAUGCUAGGGGAUGCAGUGCUUUUUCCAAUACUGUAAAAAUGCACUGAGGAGAAAUUGAAGAUAUAAAAUUUGCACACGCGCAGUACAUUCUAACAUUUCUCGCCGUCAGAGUCUCGAUACACACUACACUUUGUCAAUUCGGUUCCGGCAGACAGUAAAUGUUGUUGAAUUACGAGAAACCAUGCACGAUCUUUAAUUCUUAAUGGUAAAACUACUAUUGUUUUUUUUCUUAGCGUGCUUGUUAGUGAGCUGCUUCUCAUAACUCUAUAUUCUUAAUAUCCAAAGUUAUUUUUGAUAUUGCGUCACUUUCUUUGACCUAACUGCCCUCCUUGAACCGAAUGGAGAAACUGUACCGUACACACCUUCUCUGACGAAUUGUCAAAUCUGACCGGCGUAGAUUGAUUAUGUCGUUGAUAUAUUCCAGUACUGUGUACUGAUGGCAGCUAGAAACGCAUAUGUUUUCGGCUGUGCAAGUACGUUCUAAUACGUGGAUACGUGUAGGUGUUACAUGAUAUUCCCGACCAAGCUGCUAUACAAGUACAUGGAUAAUUAGUCAGAUGUACCAUAUAAUAGAUUAAUAGAUAAAUACGUGCCAGACAGAAGCGCGAGCUACAACUAAAAUGCUGGUCGCGCUCCUUACUUAUAUUUUUUUACUUAAUCGGAGAGAAAGAGAAUGACCAAAUGAUCAAGAAUCAAAGGAAGACGAAAUAUUACUGAUACUAGCGAGCACGGAGUCGAUUCUAAAGAGUAUUAAUUCUACUUCAAAACGUAGCUUAAAAUAUGCCAUAUAAUGUAUUACCACCUCAUUGGACCGUCGGUCCGCAAUUCGAGCAAGUGUCAAGGCAACAGCUGUAUGUACGAAUACAUGGUACAAGCUGCCGAAUUUUGAAAACGCUUGUGUCCUACUCUAGCUACUUGGUGCUUAAUAAUUUUCAAAACCUGCUUCACUUGAGAUUCGGCCGAUCAGAGGUUCCUGCUCUUUGGUAUAGCCUUGCACACCGAUGCGUAAUUUCGUGCAUGCUAGAUGCAACCAGUACGUGCCAUUCCAUAUAUAUUGAAACUGUCAAUCAGUAGAUCAUUCAAUCGUUAGAGCUUCGAUUGUGAGGCAAUAUAUUUAAACAACCGCUGGAUGGGGAGAAGGAUCCUUUUGUGAAUAUCCUUUGUGGAAUAUACUAGGCAUUUAUUCCUAAUAACAAUUAGGUUUUGCGUCUUACUUUAUUUUAUAAUUAUUAUGUAUCAUUUCAAAUAUCUAUUAUUAUAGAGCGGUUGUCGACGCUUCAACUGUAUGAGAACGCAAUUGAAUGUGAUUUUCGAUCAAACCAUUGUUACAAUAAUAAUUAUUUUUUAAGAACA